AUGUCGCCGCCUCGCCGCCGCUCGGCCCGGUUGGCCAGCGCGUCAACCCCAAAGCCCAAGAAGGUAUCUCAACUAUCGUCGCUUACCGAGCGCGAUGAGACGCCGGAAGAGGUGGAAUCGACGAGCCUCGAUGGCGUCGUCGCCUCGCCGCAUCCUCAACCUGCCACACCUGCCUCGUCCGCUCUGAAGCCUCCCAUGUCCGAAAUGCACCCAAGCAAGGUUCACCCCACAGCCACUGGCUCUUCUGAGACCUGGCUUGGAUUCAGGGACAUCAAAUCUGCCAAUGUCGCCCGCGGCAAGUCUGCAAUGAACCCGCAGGCCACGCCGUCGAGGCUCAGCGGAGUCCCCUCCUCCUCAUUUACGUUCAACUUGACUAGCCCAGCCGGCGAAACCGGCCUCAGCACUGAUGCUCAGCGCAUGAUGGCCGACCUGCGUGAAGAGGCAGCCAAGAUCAAGGCUGACCUCGUUGCGAAGCGGGAGCUGGAGAAGCUAGACGAACAAGUCAAUGGGCGCAAGAUUGCCAGCCGCCAAAGGCAAAUAUCCCAGCCUGCUCUGAUCAAGUCCCCAAGCAAGGCAUCUCUCAGUGGCCUGACACAGUCGACAAGCAAGACUGACCUUGGAGAGUUGACCAAAUCUCCCUCCAAGCCUGCUCUUGGUGGCACGGCCAAGCCUGCCGCUACCCACGACCUCGCUACUCUGUCGAGAACUGUUGAACUGAAGCGACGAAUUGUGAGCCCUGGUAGAUUCGAGCGUGUUAAGUCGAUUUUGCGCGGUGGCAAGUCGCCCGCUCAGCCUGCAAAGAGUGCAAUUCCUCAGCCUUUCACUGGUGUUUCGCAGACACCUGGUCCUCGAAUCCUCGACAAGCCGCUCCCGGCUGUGCCUUUUACCACGCCGCGUAGGAAGCUAUUCAAGCGGGUCGACUUUACGCCUGAUAGCAAGGACACCCCGAGCAAGAGUCGCGGCGAGGUCAACUACCCCAACCUCGAUGCUAUUCUGAGCCGUAUGAACGAGCCCGAGAGUCACGGCGCACCCAGGGAGAUCAAGAGCCCGCUGCCAGCCUCCCCCAACAAGAGAGAAGAAAAGGCUCCUGAGGUUCCUACUGUUCCUGGCGCUUUCACGUUCCGUAGCGACCGCACUGCUCGCUUCGGCACUGGAUCUCCUGCCGGCUUCGGCUCUUCGCCUGGACAGCUCAGUGUCCGACAGGUUCGAGCCUCGAUCACUCCAGUCGAGGAUAUGCCCGGUAGUUUCCCGGAAACCGCCGACCUUCCACGGGCCACUCACACCAGCAAGACCCCGGUCAAGUCCAUGACGGCUGGUAUCAAGCACGGUCUGACCAACGAGAAGCGAGCGCGCACCAACACAGAGCCAUUCGUGUUGAAUAAGGAAGGUUCCACACCAGCUAAACUCGUCUUCGAAGGUGUACCGCACGGGCUGCCCAACGAGAAGCGGGCUCGCACGCAUGUCGAGCCUUCUCACCCGAACAAGGAGAACAAAUCGCCCGUCAAGAUCCUCACCGGAGUUGCCCAUGGUCUUGCCAACAAGAAGCGUGCCAGGGCCACCGAAGAUGAUGAGCCUGAUGUCGACCAGGAGGGCGCCGACCGCGGUGGCAAGAGGCGCAAGGCUGAACCUGCACCCCAGCCUCGCAUUUUGGGAACUCCCAAGCUGGCGCGCAGCACCCCGAUUCCCAGUCCUCAAAAGGUGUCGGCGGGAACGCCUAGCCCUGUCAAGAAGCGGGCCGGCAUCAGUAUGAGCCGUUUGCACAUGCUUUCUCAGCCCAAGCUGCGUCGCUGA